AUGCCUACUGAACCGAAUUUUAAUGGUGACAGUUAUGAGACGAUAGAGGCUAGGUGGGAAAGGGCUUACAUAAAUGAUGGCGACGGUAAGCUCCACAAGGGUCAGCGUCAAGAGGACAUCAUAGAGUACUUCCGCGCAUCUGGGGGCAAUUUUCAUUGGCCUGACAACGAUUCCUCUGCAUACAGACGCGCAGACAGACGCCUGCUCACAACAAAUCCCGGCGUGAUGGAGGUGGAGGUGGUGGUGUUGACAUUUCCUUGUCCCUCUCAGCCAGGACCCUCAUCCCCUGAACCUGCGCACGUACGCACACAGGAACCCGUUUUCGUUUUCUCUGGCAACCAAUCACAGACAGGCGACAAGCUCCACAUUAAUCCAUUUAUCACUUGCUCCCUGUGUGCCAAAAUCUGUGAAUGUGUGUCUGUGUGCGUGUGUGUGUGUGUGCACACCUAUGGGCUUCUGUGUAUCCGCACUAUGGUGGAGCCUGUUCACCGCCUUGUAUUCCGCUUCUAA